AUGGCAAACGAAACAAAUCGCUGUAUAGCGCUUCCACUUCGCAUCGAAGUCACAAAGUCACAGUCCAUAACAAACGAAGAAGCACUAACUAGCAUAUCAAACUUUCUAAAAAACAAGUACCUAACUCCUGGUACACUCAAUACAAUACAAAAUAUAUACGACGGUCUCCAUGAAGAGAUUCUAAAUGCAAGGAGACGACAAGAAAAAGUGGUAACAGUAUCGUCUUCUGAACAGGAUUGA